CUCCUCUUCCUCCCAACCCCCACACAGCCAAGCCAGCCAGACCCAACAUUUCAUUGAAAAAAGGAUCCGUUGGUCAACAGAGAAACCUCAGCCUCAGAUAGCAAUGGCAACCUCUGCUAUCCAACAAUCUGCAUUUGCUGGCCAGACAGCUUUGAAGCAGGCCAAUGAGCUCGUCCACAAGGUCGGUGCCUUCGGCGGUGGACGUGCUACCAUGAGGCGCACCGUGAAAAGCGCUCCUCAGAGCAUCUGGUAUGGCCCUGACCGCCCGAAGUACUUGGGUCCAUUCUCAGAGCAAACUCCAUCCUAUUUGACAGGAGAAUUCCCCGGCGACUACGGAUGGGACACAGCUGGGUUGUCAGCUGACCCGGAAACAUUCGCCAAGAACCGUGAGCUCGAAGUGAUCCACUGCAGAUGGGCAAUGCUCGGCGCCCUCGGCUGCGUCUUCCCCGAAAUCCUCGCAAAGAACGGUGUCAAGUUCGGCGAAGCCGUCUGGUUCAAGGCUGGUUCUCAAAUCUUCUCGGAGGGUGGCCUUGACUACCUCGGAAACCCCAACCUGAUUCACGCACAGAGCAUCCUAGCUAUCUGGGCUUGCCAGGUUGUGCUCAUGGGCUUCGUCGAAGGCUACAGAGUCGGCGGCGGACCGCUCGGUGAAGGACUCGACCCAAUCUACCCUGGUGGUGCUUUUGACCCACUCGGGUUGGCUGAUGACCCUGAAGCUUUUGCAGAGUUGAAGGUGAAGGAGAUCAAGAAUGGACGUUUGGCUAUGUUUUCCAUGUUUGGCUUCUUCGUUCAGGCUAUUGUGACUGGUAAGGGUCCUAUUGAGAACCUCUUCGACCACGUUGCUGAUCCAGUCGCCAACAACGCCUGGGCUUACGCGACCAACUUCGUGCCCGGGAAAUGAAGAAAUUUGCAUGGAGAUUUUUAUGCAACGUUGUAACAUUACUGCGUCUUCUUCGUGGUUUCCUCAAACUGUACUGUUGUGAGCUUUGGAACUGAUGUAAUUUUAUCAGUACAAUGAACUGGCUAUAAUGGAAUUAUUAUUAUCACUGAAUCAA